AUGAAGCACACAUGGAUCUUAUUGGCCAGCCUUAUGCCAGCCUGGGGCUUGACGCUGUACCAGCGCGACAAUCCUGCUGUGGUGCAAAUGGACAUUCAGCGUAAAGAUGUUGUUGAUCCAGUCACCAGGGAUCGGAGGAGAAAGCGUUCUUCAACUGUCACUCAAUCUUUAGAUAAUGAGGAAACGUUAUACUAUUGUAAUAUCACUCUGGGUACUCCCGAACAGAGCUUGCGUCUCGUCAUCGACACGGGAAGCAGUGAUCUAUGGUGCAAUACCCCAAAUUCGACCCUUUGCGAGUCCUCUGCCGAUGCCUGCCGCUCAUCUGGCACUUACGACUCGAGUUCAUCUUCUUCAUAUUCCUUCGUGUCGUCAGACUUCAACAUUAGCUAUGCCGAUGGGUCCGGAGCCGCCGGUGACUAUGUGAGCGAUACCCUCACUAUCGGACAAACCACUAUCAAGGACUUCCAGUUUGGUGUUGGUUUUUCCUCCGGCUCUUCACAGGGUGUACUAGGCAUUGGGUAUGCUUCAAAUGAAGUGCAGGUUGGCACUAACGGGGUCUCGGCUUAUGCCAACCUUCCCAAAGCAAUGGUCCAGAAUGGUGUGAUCAAAUCCAGUGCAUACAGUCUCUGGCUGAAUGAUCUGGAUGCGAGCACAGGCUCCAUUCUGUUCGGCGGAGUCAACACCGCGAAAUUCCACGGCACGCUACAGACCCUGCCCAUUGAGAAGGUCGGUGGACAGUACUCUGAAUUUAUCAUUGCCCUCACUGGACUUGGCCUCCAGAACUCGUCGGGUCAUCACGCCUACUCCUCGAGUGCACUCCCUGCAGGCGUGCUCCUGGAUUCAGGAAGCUCCCUCACAUAUCUCCCAGACGCCCUUGUUGAGGAUAUCUAUAGCGACUUGCAGGUUACUUACGAGUCCUCCAGUGGAAUUGGCUAUAUUGAAUGUAGUAUGGCCUCGAGGGAUGUCAAUAUCUCCUACACAUUCUCGUCCCCAACGAUUACCGUGGGACUUAACGAGUUGAUUAUUGACGUGGGUGAUCUCUUCUUCCGCAACGGCCAGCGAGCAUGUGUCUUUGGUAUUGUUCCUGCAGGAAGCAGUACCUCGGUUUUGGGAGACACUUUCCUGCGGAGUGCCUACGUGGUGUACGACUUGGCUAACAACGAGAUCUCUCUUGCCAACACUAACUUCAACUCCACCGAGAAUAACGUCUUGGAAAUCGGAACUGGCACAGAUUCGGUUCCUAGUGCUACCGCAGUUGCGAAUGCAGUGACUACCGCGCCUAUCGGUGGUUCAGGGGCUCGCAUUGGAGGUCCAGAUGGAGGAUCAGGCAUCUUCACCACAAUCUCUGAGACUGGCAAUUGGGCUGUGCCAAAGGCGACCGCUAUGCCAAAGCAUCUGGCUUUUGGAAUUGCCGGCGCUGGAGCUCUGCUGGCCCUGUAA